GGAAGCCGGUUUCAACUAGUGCGUCACACUGGACACCACGUCACUAUAUAUACAGCUGCACUUCAGCGCCGACAUUUGCACUGAAUUUGCGCUUGUAGAUUACACACCCGUCUUGUGUGCGAGGAGAAACCGGUGUCCUUCAUUUCCACCACUGUGGUCUAAUGGGAAAAGUCUUUGUAAAUGCGUUUUAAGAAUUCUUGCUUGAGAGAAGUACACACUGGCCCUGGCCUUGAGGCUUAUCUGAAAGGAUUCAACUUCACUGGUGAACCGCCUUGGCUUCUGGACUUCUGAUAGCUGCCGUAUAAUUCCAUCUCUUCCUUUUCUUUUGCAAUCAAAUCUUGAGAUACGAUGACCACUCUGACUGGUGCAGACUUUGAUUUUACCUUCCUGGAGGAGGGCUUCUGUGCACGUGAUAUUGUGGAACAGAAGAUCAAUGAGUCAUCACUAUCUGAUGACAAAGAUGCCUUUUAUGUGGCAGACCUGGGUGACGUCCUGAAGAAGCACCUCCGGUGGGUGCGCGUGUUACCCCGUGUCAUGCCAUUCUAUGCAGUAAAGUGCAAUGACAGCAGGGCUGUCGUCAUGACACUGGCAACUCUGGGAGCUGGUUUUGACUGCGCAAGCAAGACGGAGAUCCAGAUCGUGCAGUCUGUGGGCGUGGAUGCGAGCAGAAUCAUCUAUGCUAACCCCUGCAAGCAGGUGUCUCAGAUCAAAUACGCCUCUGCACAUGGAGUGCAGAUGAUGACAUUUGACAGUGAAGUUGAGCUCAUGAAGGUGGCACGAAGCCAUGACAAUGCCAAACUGGUUCUCCGUAUCGUCACUGAUGACUCUAAGGCGGUGUGCAGGUUAAGUGUGAAGUUUGGAGCUACAUUAAAGAGCAGCCGGCUGUUGCUGGAGAGGGCGAAGGAGCUGGGACUGGAUGUGAUUGGAGUCAGUUUCCAUGUGGGCAGCGGCUGUACUGAUCCCGAGACAUACAGCCAGGCCAUCUCAGAUGCCCGCUGUGUGUUUGACAUGGGGGCGGAGCUGGGAUACAACAUGACCCUGCUUGAUAUUGGUGGAGGUUUUCCAGGCUCUGAUGAUACCAAACUGAAAUUUGAAGAGAUCGCUGCUGUGAUCAACCCUGCACUGGAUAAAUAUUUCCCCGCUGAUUCUGGCGUGAGGAUUAUUUCUGAACCCGGCCGCUAUUAUGUUGCAUCCGCAUACACGUUGGCGGUCAACCUCAUCGCCAAAAAGGUCAUCAUGAAGGAGCAAUCGGCCUCUGACGAAGAGGAGGAUGAUGCCAGUGACAGAACCCUGAUGUAUUACGUGAACGAUGGUGUCUAUGGUUCCUUCAACUGCAUUCUGUAUGAUCAUGCCCAUGUCAUGCCCACUCUGCACAAGAAACCCAAGCCUGAUGAGCGCAUGUACCCGUGCAGUAUUUGGGGUCCAACCUGUGACGGUCUCGACCGCAUUGUUGAGCAGUGCAGCCUGCCUGACAUGCAGGUGGGCGACUGGCUGCUAUUUGAGAACAUGGGUGCCUACACUGUGGCUGCAUCCUCCACCUUCAAUGGCUUUCAGAAACCCGAUAUUUAUUACAUCAUGUCCCGAGCAGCCUGGCAAUGCAUGCAGCAGAUCUGCGCCCAGGGAUUACCAGCUCCAGAGGAGCAGUGCACUGCGAACAUGCCAUCCCACUGCGGCCGCGAGAGCAGCUUAGAUGUGCAAGCCAAACCCUGCCCAACUCGUGUGCUGUAACCAGAUGACCACAACGAGAGCCUGUUCAGUUCUAAGCUAUCGAAUGAUAGCAGCAGUUGUGUUUAAUUCUAAAUACAGCUGUUUUUGCCUCUGUGUGUAUAAGCUGCAAACAUUCAGACCUGUUAGACGCACAAUAUGGCUCACGGUUCUGUGACUUUUCCAAGUUCAUUAUUUCCGUUUUUUUUUUUUUUUUUUACUUUUUCUUGUUUUUAGAUAUUUGUUAUUUGAAGUCAGAUACUUGACUGGAGGAUAUGAGAGGGCUUAAAAUGUAUGUCCACUUGCAUUUUGGAUGAAGAUCUAUUCCAUAACAUCCAAAUGUAUGUCAUGCAAUAAGAGAUUGCUAGGAGAACACUUGCAAUGGCUGCAGCUGAUUUUAAUCCAUUUUAAGAUCUUGCUCUUAACAUGUCAUACAGAUGUUCUCUUCAAUGACCAUUUCUGAUUUAUACUUGAGUAGUAACUUAAUAUUCUAAUAAUAUUAUUGACAAGAAAUAUGUAAGAAUUUGAUACAUUUGCAAAUGAAUAUGAAAGAGAUAUCAUAUCGCUUUCCUAUGGAAACUUUUUUUUUUUUUUUUUUUAAGUUUUGUAUUUUUUUAUAUAAAUAAAAUGUAGCUAAAAAUGUU